ACCGUCGCCUGGGCCGGGCCUUGUGCUCCCAGCCCACCCCCGGACCCCGGCUUGGGGCUGGGGCUAUACCGACCCCAGCUCUGGGGUCCUUCCCCUGCAGCUCCCUGGGGCCGGGAUGUCACGGCAGAAGCCUGGGAGUCCCGAGCCGGAGGCGGCGGCAGGGGACGGCCUCAUCCCGGAGGAACUGGAUGGGGAUGAAUCCCCCACCAAGGACCCGCACAGGCCGUACCCUGAGCCAGCGCUGGGCCACCGCUCGUCUCUGUACUUCGCCUCUCUGGAUUCCACCAUGGAGGGGCUGCAGCAGCAGGCGCAGGACGUCUGCAGCCGCAUCAAUGACAGCCGCCGGGAAGACCACACGGUGCUGAGUGACUUCAAGGAGAGCCUCCUGUUGAAGGUCUCGGAGCUGGCGGAGCAGCUGGAGGAGCGGCUCUUCCACUCCUAUGGCUUCCACAACAAGCUGAUCCAGGAGAGGCUGCAGGAGCUGAGCGAGGUGAUGGAGCGUGUGGAGGAGGUGCAGGCAGAGCUGCGCCGCAUCUGCUGCACCAUAGAGGCGGCUUAUCAGGAUCUCUGCCUGCAGCCCGAGGCCUGA